GAGAAAGGAACAGGCCGGCCGGUGGAGGAAGGAACAGCUCGGCCGGUGGAGGAAGGAGCAGGCCCGCCGGUGGAGGAAAGAGCAGGCCCGCCGGUGGAGGAAGGAGCAGCUCGGCCGGUGGAGGAAGGAGCAGGCCCGCCGGUGGAGGAAGGAGCAGCUCGGCCGGUGGAGGAAGGAGCAGGCCCGCCGGUGGAGGAACGAGCAGGCCCGCCGGUGGAGGAAGGAACAGCUCCGCCGCCCGUCGCUGCUUUUGUUGGGCUGCUGCUCCGCCGGAAUGAUGGCGCCGUCGCUGUGGAGGGGGCUGGUGGGCAUCGGCCUAUUUGCCCUGGCCCACGCGGCCUUUUCCGCCGCGCAGCAUCGUUCAUAUAUGCGAUUAACAGAAAAGGAAGAUGAAUCACUGCCGAUAGAUAUAGUUCUUCAGACGCUUCUGGCCUUUGCAGUCACCUGUUACGGUAUAGUCCAUAAUGAAGGGGAGUUUAAAGACGUGGAUGCCGCUUCAGAACUAAAAAAUAAGACAUUUGACGCGUUCAGGAAUCACCCAUCAUUUUGUGUAUUUAAUCAUCGUGGUCGAGUACUGUUCCGGCCUUCGGAUAAAACAAAUUCUUCAAACCAAGAUGCGUUGUCCUCUAGCACAUCGUUGAAGUUACGAAAACUUGAAUCACUGCGUCAAAAUUUUUACAAAUUAUAAUAAUAGGACAGGACACAGAGCUGGAAUAUUGGAGUUUGGGGUAUAAAAUACUCCCCUAUCGGUAUUUAUAUUGAUCUUUCAGACCUAAUUAAAAAAAGUCCAUGGUCCUUGUUUGUACAUUGUUAAUCAAAUCAUUAAUGCGAUAUAAGUUAUCUGUGAAAUGUCUUUGAUCUUUCAAAGAGUUCUUAUUUUCAUUUAAAACAAAUUCACAUCUUUUGUAAAAGUCACUGUUUUGAACACAUUUCUUGGAAAAAUGUUGAUGGUUUUGUAAUUAUUUUCUUAGAUUUCUUUUGUGUUACAGUUUUUAGGAUUCUUUUGGAAAUAGUGUGACUAUUGCAUUUUGCAGCAUGAACGAUAGUAAAAUGGUCUUCAGUUCUUAACAACAAAUGGACUUCUCUAAGGAGACUAAAGGUGACUUAUCAGUUUCUGUUACGCCCCCUAAAAAGUGACUCUGCUUCACCAGGUACUGGCCAGUUUUUAAUUUACCCAUGACUUCUCACCCCGUUCUGCUCCCAUAUACCUUCUAACAUCAGCUGUCUUGUUUCAUCAGUUCUCUGGGGUUCUGUGUGCAGUGAGCAAUUUUUGUGCCAGAAAUUCUUUGUCAUAACAAAUAUAUUUAACAAAUUCAA